CGCUGCAUGUUAGCGUCCAUUGAGCGAGGAAGCUAACCUUCUUCAGGCUACCGCCUCGCCUUCUGGCACGUUCUGCGUUUAUAUUUUAUAUUUUGUCUCGUGUUGAGUAAUAAUACUCAACCUUGCGAUAUUUAUUACCAAGUUGUGCCAGUACGACACCAUUUCGCAACGAUGACAGGCUCUAACGAAUACAAGCUAAACCAGACACCUGAAGACGGCAUCUCUGCUGUAAAGUUCAGCCCCAGUACUGCUCAGUUCCUCUUGGUUUCCUCAUGGGAUUGCACAGUUCGUCUGUAUGAUGUCGGAGGGAACACGAUGAGGAUGAAGUACCAGCACACAGCUCCUGUGCUCGACUGUGCUUUUUAUGACUCAACACAUUCUUGGAGUGGAGAUUUGGAGGCUCAGCUAAAGACUCACGAUUUGAACACAGACCAAGAUACAGUAGUGGGGGCACAUGAUGCCCCCAUUCGUUGUGUGGAGUACUGCCCGGAGGUAAAUGUUAUGGUAACUGGGAGCUGGGACAGAUCAGUCCGACUGUGGGAUCCACGAACGCCCUGCAAUGCUGGCACCUUUACUCAACCUGAAAAGGUCUACACCCUCUCUGUGGCUGGAGACAGGCUGAUUGUGGGUACAGCAGGAAGACGAGUUUUGGUGUGGGAUUUACGGAACAUGGGCUACGUACAGCAAAGACGAGAGUCCAGCCUCAAGUAUCAGACUCGCUGCAUCAGAGCCUUCCCCAACAAACAGGGCUACGUGUUGAGUUCAAUCGAAGGUCGUGUUGCUGUGGAGUACCUGGAUCCGAGCCAGGAGGUUCAGAAGAAGAAAUACGCCUUCAAGUGCCACAGGUUAAAGGAGGAGGGAAUUGAACAGGUCUACCCUGUCAACGCCAUUUCGUUUCAUGGCUUCCACAACACCUUUGCAACAGGUGGCUCCGACGGCUUUGUCAAUAUCUGGGAUCCAUUCAACAAAAAGCGCCUGUGUCAGUUCCACCGUUACCCUACCAGCAUUGCUUCACUGGCUUUCAGCAAUGAUGGUACCAUGCUGGCCAUUGCCUCCUCCUACAUGUUUGAGAAAGGAGACAUCUCCCAUCCAGAGGACGCCAUCUUCAUUCGUCAAGUAACAGAUGCUGAGACAAAGCCCAAGUCAACCUAAAACUGGAGAAUAUCUCUCCCCUUGCCAGACUCCGUGAUCCUCUGUGCUAAUAUUAUUUCUGCUUUCCCUUCACAAAUUUUUACAUCUCUUUGUUUGCUGUUAUUCCCACAGUGUAUAUAUAUAUAUGUUUUCUGUGUUCUCUUCUAUUGUCCUGAGUUAUGCUGUUAUAAAAGAUAACCUUCAACAGCCAACUGUGUAUUUGACUGUAGAAUGCUGUCACUUUAACAGGCUCCAUAUUUUCAUAUCGAGUAACUGCUGAUGUGAUUUGAUAAUAAAAGCUUUUUAUUAACUUUUA